GCCUAGACAAUCAAUAUCUUAAGUUUCAUCUUUAUAACCAUUCAACCUUCCACUCACCUUCCAUAUGUCAAAAACCAAUUUCAUAUCCUCUUUCUUUAUUCAUCUCUUCAAACACCAAAACUUUAUUAUAUAUAAAUGCCAUUUCCAUAACUCUUCUACACAAACAAACCCCACAAUCACUUACUACUUGAAAAUGGGUUCUUCUUCAAUGACAAUCUCCCCAAGAAAGCUUCAUUCAGAUUUAUACUCCUUUUCACACCAACAAGAUUCUAGCACUCCACUAGUGAUAAAUGUUCUUGCUUCAUUGAUUGAGAGAAACAUGGCAAGAACAAAGAGAAUAGUGAAAAAUUGUUCUAAGUCUUUGUCUAAGGCAAUUAGUACAAACAUCUUUGAUUGUAGAGAGAUCCCAGAUUUGUCAAUCCAAUCUUAUUUAGAGAGAAUUUUUAGGUACACUAAAGCAGGAUCUUCGGUUUAUGUUGUGGCUUAUGUUUAUAUUGAUAGGUUUUGUCAGAUCAAUCCUGGAUUUAGAAUCAAUGCUAGAAAUGUUCAUAGACUUCUCAUUACAACUAUCAUGGUGGCUUCCAAAUAUGUUGAAGACUUGAACUAUAGAAAUUCAUACUUUGGAAGAGUUGGUGGAUUAACAACUAUUGAGCUAAACAAGUUGGAGCUUGAAUUUCUGUUCAUGAUGGGAUUCAAAUUACAUGUAAAUGUGAGUGUUUUUGAGAGUUAUUGUUGUCAUUUAGAGAGAGAGGUUGGAAUUGGGGGAGGGUACCAUAUUGAGAAGACAUUAAGGUGUGCAGAAGAAAUCAAAGCAAGACAUAGGAAAGAAAUUACGGGUUACACACAGAUUCCUCGUGUUAUGUUGUAAUUUAACUAAUGAUUUUAAAAUUUGUUUUACUAUGUUGUUGGAUAUUAAAUUUAGACACAUUUCUAGGAGGUUAUUUCAAUCUUAGAUUGUCUAUAUUGUGAGAGACUUACUUGGUGUAUAUUUGAAUAUGUAAAAGCUUGCAAGUAAAAAAAAAAGGUACAAUGAUUUAUCAUGAUUCUAAAAACUUUGACUU